AAAGGACACAUGACAUCCCAAAGCGUGCAUCAAAGGAAUCUCAUCUAGUUCGUCUCAAACUCUUAUGCUGCUGUAGCCUCUCUUGUGUGUAUGUGUGAGUGUAAAUGCAACUCUCUGUGUGACAAUUUCCUUUUCUGUGCCUAUGCCUUCGGCUGGACCAAGCCCUACACCCCUUUCGAACCCUACAACUGUGGUUAGCUCACAGUUCCUGGCAUCCUACCCCGUGGAUCUGUACAUUUCUGAGAAGCUGAUCACCAUUAAGGAAGGUGCCUUCACUGUCACCAAUGUUGAUGGCGAAGUCAUGUUCACUGUAAAAGGUUCUUUUUUCAGCCUUCAUGAUACUCGACAAUUGCUUGACAGCGCUGGUACUCCUAUCCCCACCUUCCGUAAGAAGAUUAUUUCGAUACAUAGGAGAUGGAAAGUAUAUAGAGGAGAUAGCUCGAGCAGAAAAGAUCUACUUUUCAGUGCCAAGAAGUCAGGGCUAGUCCAAAUUAAGACUGAACUAGAUGUGUUCUUGGCUACUAACACAAAGGAAUUAGACCAGCAUGAUUUCAAGGUCAAAGGAAGCUUUAGGGAUAAAGCAUGUGUUAAUGAUAUAGGAGUGAAUUGUAAUUCCAAUCCUAAUAUUGGAGUGGAACACAACAACAAUCCUAUCAGAAUCCAACAAUUAACACCUGCCAUCAAGUGUGCUUACAACAUUAUCAAGACACAGUCUGGGCUACAAAGCAGAAUUCUGAGUAGAAAGCAGAACACACCAAGCCAAGACAAAAAGGAGCCUCUACACCAAGACAAAUGUCCUCUGUGCUGUUGUAAAUCACACCACAAACUCAAUCGUGAUAUGUACUAACAGAUCAAGCACCACACAUUUGUAUAGCAUCUCAAUUCAUACUAGGGCUUUAGAAUUCGACUAUAAAAACCAUUGUAAAGUCUCAUAUUCUGAUACAAUGAAUGAA